CGAAAUGAAUUGAAUUAUACUUUGACAUGACAAAUUGUAAAGAGCAUUCAAAUUUGAAUAAAAGAUCUUGUGUUAGUCAGGGUGUGGCACGAAAUUGAAUAAGAGUAGUCACCUCCUGCUUAUUAACUAACUAAGAAACAUUUAUAUCCUUUCGCUUCGUGAGGAAACACGAAUCCCAAGCUUCUCCAGCAUCGAAACCAUUUGAAAUAAGCUCGCUUCGUAAGGACACUUGAAACCACGCAUCUCGAAACCAUUUGAAAUAAGAUCCGGCAACAGAAAAUUUGAAAUUAAUUGGGACCCCGGAUCCGUUGCAACCGUUUAAAACUAAACUGAGAAGACAUGGCCUCAAUCUUUUAUAAAAUUUACCAUAAUGAUGUGAAAGGAUUGAAAACUUUAUUAAAGAAGAAGCCAAGCCAGAUUAACGAACCUAUUGAUCUAUUUGGAACAACCCCUUUAAUGUUGGCCUUUCAAGAGGGCGCCGAUAGAAGAAUCAUCGAAAUAUUGCUAGAAGCUGGUGCGGAGUUAGGAACAAAAGACCAAUGGGGUCGUUCAGCUUUACAUUUUGCUGUGGAAUGGGAUCGACCUUAUGCUGUGGAGAUCUUACUAUCUCGGGGUUGUUACGUUAAUCCUCGAAAUGUAAAUGGUCAAACACCGCUGCACUGGGCCUGUGAUCGGGGACACUUGCACAUUGUCGAGCUGUUGUUGAGUCACAAUGGCAUCGAUGCCAAUGUCAUGAACGACGAUGGAGACACACCACUGCAUGAUGCAGUUCAGAAACGAAAAUAUAAAUUGGUGUUUCUAUUGCUGAACCAGGAUUCGGUGAAUUUAGAAAUUGUGAACAAAGAAUAUAGGACACCAUUGCUUGAAGCUGUCUCGGACGGUCACCUCGGAAUAAUUCAGAGGCUGAUAGCCAGGGGUGCGAAUGUAAAUGCUGUCGACCAUGGAGGAAAUAAUUGCCUGCACCUGGCGUUAAAAAGAGAAAACAACUUUCGUUCUGAGGUGGAGCACAUGACCAUGUUAGAUCAGUACUGCGUAGAGCUGGAACUGGGAAACGAAGAAAGGUACUCUGGCGUGGUGCUUGCCAGUUACCUAGCCCACCACGGGGCCAACUUUUACUGUAAAAACAAAAGUGGCAGAACACCAUUGGACCUAAUAAAAAAGGAAAAUUUAAAAAAGAUGUUAAAGACGUUAUUCUCACCGCAAUGUCGCUGGUGUCAAGAGAACAUGGCCACUGUGAGACUGCAACCAUGUGGAGAUAUUGUUUUCUGCGAGAAUUGUUUUUCUGAAAUUACAUUUAAGAGAUGCCCCGUGUGUCGAGAAUACACCCUCAGCAAAAGUGAAUUUGGGGCUCCAAAGUUUGAAGACAUGUGUGUAAAAACAGAGGCUACUUGUCAGGAAUUAGGGGCUGCAUCUCAGGCAAUAGAGAGUCCAGUUCUGAAGGAGAGGGAUCUUCUGAGAGUGGCUAAGAGGUUAGGACGUGAUUGGUGGCAAGUGGCGAUUCUUUUAGGAGUUGAUGCAACUGAACUGAAAAUUGAUGAUGAGUCUAUUGACGCUGUAAAACAAGGCUACCUGAUGCUUAACGAAUGGUUCAAAAAUUGCGACCCAGAAACACGGACACACGCAACAUUAAGUGCAGCUCUUGAAGAAGCUGAAUGUUUCGCUGCGAUGGAAUGUCUGUCAUUAGACGCAAAGUGAAUUUCUGUGUAACUGUUGUUUUUUAGCCUCAGAUUAACCUUGACCAAACAGAGAAUUAUGAUCAAACGCUUUCCAGCCAAGACCAUCAUGCCUCUUUCCAAAGAGACCCCACAACCACAUUGUCCAAUAUGCCCUUCUGUAUCGUGUGAAUUUAGCUGCUAAUUCUAGCAGGUAUAUCAACCACAUAGUGAUCCCUUCCCUGGUUUGGCUCCUUUGUUAAAAAUUCACAUUUAAAAUAAAGACAAACUUUGAAAUGUUCAUUUAUUGUUGUUGCUGUUGUUGUAUAUCUAAUCCCCUCCCUAAACAACCCCAUUGUUAUAUAGACAGCUUUAAUAUCUUCUGCUAUAUUGAUAGUUAUCUACCUUCAUUUUUAGCUGAGAGUAGAAUGCCUGGUAUAUAUAUAUAUAUUGAUGUCUUUUCCCUUUAUAUAUCCUAUAGAGAUAGUAUUUCUAUAUAAUACAUGAUGUAUCUAAGGAUAUAUCUCACUUUGUCCUGUUGUGGUUUAAGACAGGACUCUCCAAAGUGGUGGUGGUUGAAUAAAAAUUCAGGGGGUUUUGAGUGCAAUAUACAAUAUUCUAAUUUUA